AUGAGCAGAGUUUUUACGAGGUAUAUUACGCUGGCGCGUCCAGGUAACAUUGCCGCCCCACCAAGUACUACUUUGGCCUCCGCUGGAGAAGUUGUUUCACCAGCAGCUGAUGCUCUUUUUCCACCAACGUCACCGACCGAUUCCGUGCGUUUUGAUGUACUGAACCAGCCAUCGCUCCUCGCACGUGCAACCAUACCGGCGGAUGCCUCCCUAUAUGUGCGCCGUGGGUGUUUGGUGGCACUAUAUAACUCGUCGAAGCUUUCAGCCAUUGCCCUUGCUCAUCGUUGGCUACGGCCGUGGACCACGCUACGUAAUUGCUGGUCUCUACGACCUGCUAUGUUCAGCAAGCUCACCAGUGACGGUACUUGGAACUGUCUGAUUGCCCCCAACACAUCUAGCAGCAAUGGAUUUUUGAGGUUUUUACGUCCCACUUCAGAUUCGUUUCGUACACUUUGUCCACUAUGGCUUGAUGGGACCUCUGACUGGUUAGUUCUAGGACGUGAUGCGCUUCUGGCCUUUGAAUGCAAUACUUCACUAACUGUCCAUGAGCCACCAAUUGCGUUGCGGCGGCGUUGGCGGCACCGGUUGCCGCUGCCGUCAUCGCGUCAGCUACUCCAGGGUAGAGGCAGCGUUCUUCUCAGUGGAUCUGGAGCUGUCCAUCAAGUUGUGCUGCGCGACGUAUCGGAUGAAAUUGUGCUGCGCGCAGACAGCCUACUGGCUGUCAAUGGUACUAGUCCCCGUCACAUUGCCUCCAGUAUAUCAGAGUACCAUCUUGAAAAGCGAGCAGAGCCUGAGCUUCCUGUUAAAAACUCUAAACAAAGAAAGGAAGCUACAGGUCUCGUUGCACUCAUGGGUCGGAUAUCAGAAGCUUCUACCGCUUUUGUUAGCGUACUUCGCGUCUCUUGGCAAACUCUAAAGCACCUCUACAUCGUCGCAACAAAAGGCCCUGCUCAAAGCUACCUGAAAAUUACCGGUCCCAGUAUUCUACUGGUUCAGAGCUCAUAUAGCACUUACUUCCCUCUACAAAGUGCUAAACCUCUAUUUACAGAAGAAAAUGCUAGUCUACCUCAACAACUUCCAAGCAGUAAAAAAGAUGCUCAUUUAAGCUACGCUACAGUGGAUGCGAAUGGCAGCGUGUCCUUUAGAAGCACUCCAGAUUUUAGUGCAACAGUACGUGAGAUUGAGGGCACACGUAAGUGA